AUGAGUAAUAGCAGUAACAAAGGGAUGCGUAGGCGACAACGAGGCGCUCUCCCUCGGGAGUUGCAAGUACACUUGGGCCUCCUUUUGCUCAUGGACAAAUUGCUGCGUACUAUAUAAACUCUAUCUCACAGGCUGUGCAGUUCUGCCAGAUUGUCGCCGCUUGACUCAUUGCCUAACUUUUCCAGCGAAGCUGAUGGGCAUAAAUAUCCCAUCCGCUGCUCGUUCUGCAUUUCCUUCUUCCUGCCACCACCCAUCUGUCCUACUCUCCAUAUCCACCCUUCGGACACACAACUUGCAUCUACCACGUCACACAACACCACACCCACAAACAAACAUCAAGCACUACCGCAACCAUGCAGGUCCUCUCAGAGAUCACCUUUACAACCGCAACCGUUCUCGCCAUUGCCAGCGUGACAACCGCAGCGCCCGCCCACAAGAACCGGGCCUCCAUCCAAGAUGACCUCAUCGGCUCGCCCUGCACCGACAACGCCGAGUGUGGCCACCCAGCCAACGGGCUCACCUGCUCCUUUGGCGCCGCCAACGCAACACAGGGCAUCUGCCUCGAUGUCGAAGAAACCGGUAUUCCAGUCAGCACCAUUAACAUCGAACAAGCAGAUGAAGAUGGGGAAACCGAAGAGGAUCUCUAUCCCUUGGUCACCAAACCGAAAAAGUGCCGCAGGCUCCAUCAGAGUUGCUACUGGCAUGAGGACUGCUGCGAGGGCAUGGGGUGUGCUGAGGUGAAUAUGAUUGGAUUACCGGGGCUGUGUAAGAAGUGGAGGGUUCCCAGGCCCAAGCCUAAGCCUACAAUGGAGGAUGGUGGGGAUGAGGUGGAUGCUGCUAACAACGCUACUGGCUUUGAGUGAAGAGGUUCAGUGAGAGAUGGUCGGGAUGGACUUGCUUUGACUAUGGGCUGAUUGAACGUUUUCCUUUUCUUUGCUCCUGCUUUUUUCUUGCUGCUUAACAUCUCUCGACGCCUAAUGUUGUGUCUUUUUUUCAGCGGCU